AUGACCUUUUUUAUCGUCCUAAUUUCAUGUCUCAUUUCUAACUGCAUCUUUUGUCUUUAUCCAACAGCCGGUGAAGUGAAGGCACCAGCUGUGUUUCUCUUUGGUCCAUCUAAAGAAGAGUUGGAGAAAGACACAGCCACCUUAGUCUGUACUGCCAGUGAAUACAGUCCCAGGACCGCAACAAUGGAGUUUCUGGUAGAUGGUCAAACGUGGAAGAAUGGGGUCUCCACAUCACCAAUCACCAAACAGAGUGACAAUUCAUACAUGGGAAGCAGUUUCCUCACCAUGACCUCUGCUGAUUAUUCUAAAUAUGAGAAAUACGCCUGCAAAGUGACGCAUCAGGGCAAAGAGUUUAUCCAGACACUGAAGAGAUCAGAGUGUUUCUAA